ACCAGAGCGAAAGAAAGAUGCCUUGCUUGGAAAGGGCAGCCUCAACGCAAACCAGCUUCUCGAGCAAAAGGACCUAACUUUGGAUGCCAGUGACUACCUGUGGUACAUGACGAACGUCGAUAUCAACGACACCUCCAUUUGGUGUAAUGCAACUCUUCGUGUGGACACCAUGGGUCAUACGCUCCAUGCUUAUGUUAAUAGAAGGUAUGCUGGAUACAAAUUUAGCCAAUGGGGAAGCAACUUUACGUACGAGAAACGAGUCUCUAUAAAGAAGGGAACAAACAUCAUAGCCUUGCUUAGUGCCACUGUGGGGCUUGCGAAUUACGGGGCAGGUUUCGAUAAGAUAAAGACUGGUAUAACAGGCGGUCCUUUUCAAUUAAUUGGGAAGAACAAUGUGACUAUGGAUUUGUCAACCAACCUUUGGUCUUAUAAGAUUGGUUUGAACGGGGAAAGAAAACGUCUCUAUGAUCUACAACCACACACUGGUGUAGCAUGGCAUGCUAAUUCAUCCUAUCCUAUUGGUAAACCCAUGACUUGGUAUAAAGCAGACUUUAAAGCAUCUUAUGGAACAAACCCCGUGGUGGUGGACUUGCAAGGGUUGGGUAAAGGACAUGCUUGGGUGAUUGGGCAUAGCAUUGGUCGUUAUUGGCCUUCUUGGAUUACUGCUACCAAUGGAUGCACUGACACUUGUGACUACCGCGGAAAUUAUGUAACAGAAAAGUGCAACACCAACUGUGGCAAUCCAUCACAACGGUGGUACCAUGUGCCAAGGUCGUUCUUAAACAAUGACAAGAACACAUUGGUUUUGUUUGAAGAGAUAGGUGGAAACCCUCAAAACGUUUCCUUCCAAACAGUCACAACAGGAACCAUUUGUGCUCUUGUCCACGAAGGUGCAUUGUUAGAGCUAUCAUGCCAAGGUGGACAAGUAAUCUCACAAAUCCAAUUUGCUAGUUUUGGAAACCCAAAAGGAAAGUGUGGCUCUUUUGACCAAGGCUCUUGGGAAGCUACUGAUAGUCGGUCUGUGGUGGAAGCAGCCUGCAUAGGGAAAAGUAGUUGUGGGUUUGCAGUGACAAAAGAAGCAUUUGGUGUAGUCGGUGCUGACAACGACCCAACUAGACUAGCCGUGCAAGCGACCUGUUGA